AUGGAAUCAAAUUCUGGUGCCUUAAGGCUGCGCAAGGGUCCUGCACUGCCACUCUUGGCGCAAACUCUAUGGUCACUCACUACCGCCUCGUCUCCUGCCAUCGAUGUGGUAUACAAGCUGGCGAAGACCAAACUGUGCGAAGCACUGGAGAGCAAGGUCCCGAUUGCUAUUAUUGAAGUACAUGGCAAAGACCUCAUCGUGUCCGCCGCUAACAGCGGCACGGCAACACCCGUAAGUAUGGAAGGCGGCAGUGCCAGUGCGAAUCUGGGAGCAGCGGCAGCGUUCAACCCACCUGUGGCUCAGCCAAAGAGCACGAAGAAGCCGAAAGAGGUACUGAACACAUCGACCGUCGAGAGAGAGGCGAGGUUCAUGGCCAGUGCGGAUGAUUUGUUCGACUUGCUAACCGACGAGCGCCGUAUUCCGACGUGGUCACGCGCCGCAGCUCAUUAUAGGCCCGAGCCUGGUUUUGAAUUCUCGCUGUUUGGUGGAGGUGUGACUGGCCAGAUCACCGACGUUGAUCGACCAAAGAAGAUUGUAUCCACAUGGAAGCUGUCCAGCCCGACAUGGCCUACUAAUCACGCUGGGACGCUUACUAUCGCCUUUGAUCAAGGAUCGGACUCGACGGAGGUAAGUUCUCAUUAUCGGGCGUGCCGAAGGGGAUGGAACAGGAGCUGGAGAGUAAUCUGGAGGGAUACUACGUGAGGAGUCUGAAGUCUAUUGGGCUCGGUGCGAUUCUGUAAUCUCUGAACGGAACAGGGUAGGCGGUUGAAUAGAUGAACUCAUUGUCCGUCGUCAAUGAGCGUGGGCGCAUACGUGCCAGUCGCCAUGCUAUGUAAGCACUUUGGUCAUGUACAGGUUGGCCCGGCCCGGGAGCACACCCAUCUCAGGGACCAACGAAUACUCAUUCACGAAGUCGCUCAACACAUUGCCAACAGCCUUCAUCACACGGUCCCGUGGGCGCUUGUCUGCUUUGCUUGGCAUCAGAAAUUAAUCGCCUGUCUUGGUCGGCCGGACUCAUGUUCUCAGGCACUCGCGCUUUGUCGGCCUCACUCUUGUGGCUUAAACAGGCGACCAGCUUACGGAGAUGAUGAACGUGCUGUUGCGUUUCAAGAAUGCCGGUGAUAAUGGCCUCCGUUGUUGGAUUGCUGUUGUUCGGCUACACGACAUUGCCCUGAGGAGAUCGAAACGAACUUCGAACUUCGACUGAAUCAUUCGUACCAGCUGUCCGGAAUACACGGUCACUUCCAGACUACACCGAAGGCCGAUGAUCUAUUCUUAGACUCAAACCGGUACAUGUACCUCGCGGCAACUGGAGCUUGACGAUAGCCUUCUGCACCACUAGCACCUCAUUCUCGCACCUGACCUGUGCUCGACAUCAAAAAAUAGCAGCAACAUAGCGGAAGCCAGGUGACCGAAAACGCAGUCCCUCCUUUGCAACACCAAUUCACUGCAUUCAUUUCCUUCAUUCCAUCGGUGAUCGCACCUACCACAGGACUUUCCGGGAAGUCAAGCGUCCCAGUUUCAGAAGAGUCAUUUUCAACACAACUUCAUCUACUCCAACCAUGCUCUUCCUCUCCUCAGUUGUUGGCCUCGUCGCCUUGCCGCUCAUGGCUCAGGCCGUUGCUGUUGAGAAGCGGUCGAUUCUUGGUAUUGACACGUUCGGCGAGGCUAGGUGAAGCCAUCUUGUGGACCGGUGACUUCAACGGCGAUAAGCUUGUCUUCCCCGCGUCCAGCUUGACUGUUGGCACCUGCUUCGGUGCGUCCAACGGCGAAGCGUUCAACUCCUUCGACUUCCAUUGUUUCUAAGCGCCGAAACCGAGCGAGUCACUCUUGCAAGGUUCGAGUCAUCCGGAGCGGACCUGACGGGUCCGUGCUGAAACGCGUGCCAUGCAAGUUAGUAACUACAACGUCCAAAGAAAUCACUCGCCUGUUCCGAAUAAAUAUCGUAUGAAGAAAUGCACGAAUUAUGACCGCAGAAGGUGACAUAACCAUGAGCUAAACAUAUGUGAAGGUGGUUCCGGCUU